AUGACCGUCGCUGAGCACAUUCUUGUGUUGGUUGUAUUGGCGUUUGUCGGUGUUUCUGGGAACAUGUUUAACCUCAUUUUCACCAUACAGCAGCACUUAAAGUCUAAGAACAUCCAGACUGUUGGUUUGAUCUUAAGCAUCAUCUCUGUCAACAAUAUUGUCUUGGUCAUCGUCGUUCUCAUGUUGGUGUUGAGCGUCUUUAUUGUUCCAACUAUCUGGUGCAUAAGGCCAUAUCCUUUUUUUCUCCGCACUGUGAUAUAUCUAAUGUUGAACUGCAGUUGUAUCAGCUUCUGGAGCAUCGCUUGGCAAAGUCUCUUUUACUGUGUCAAAGUUGUGAACUUCUCCUCUGAGUGCCUCAUAUCACUGAAGAGGAACAUUUCCACCAUCAUCAACACCGCAGUGCUGCUGAGUUGCUCUGGUUUCUCAGUGUUCUUUUCACCGAUUUUCACGCUCGACCUCCCGGCAAUAGACACUAGCAAUGUUUCUACAAACUACAGCCUGAACGCAACUCUGAACGCAACCUGCCCGAACCCAACCUUCUUUGUGAAAAUUGACAAAAUGGCGUAUGCGGCUGCCAGUCUGUUUAUUCUCUGCCCCAUUCCCCUGAUGAUCAUGUUGCCCACCUCUCUCAGAAUGGUGGUCCACCUGUGCGCCCAUACGCUGGCACUCCGGAAGAACCAGACGCAGGUGCAGGGUUCCGACUCGUACGUCCUGGUGUGCAAGCUCACCAUCUCCUUGGUGGGGGUUUAUCUGACCACUUUAUUUAUUGUGUCUUUAUUCAUGAUUAUAAGGUUUAUGGAGGGAACUAUCACCUACCUCACUUUAGCUUUUGCCUUUAGUUUUUAUGGUGGCAUGUCGUCUGUCAUUCUGACAGCUUCAAACAGGCAUCUCAAAGAGAAGCUCUGGAUGUUCUGUUGUAGGAAAGCACAGGAACCAACUACCAAAAGCCAGACAUGUGAAACAGUGGACGGUUGA